GCACCGCUGAACAGCCAUUCGACAGCGCGGCUCCGCUGAACAGCCAAUUAGGAAAACGGCACUGCUUCGAGUCGCGCGCUGAUGACUCGUUUUUUUUCAUGUUGUUUUUGCUACAAAGUUCAGAUGGUUUGUACCUGUUUGAACUUUCAAAGACAACAGCAGACAUGAAAAAGACUGAUAGACGGAGACAGAAAGAGAUCCCGUGAGGGGGAGACUGUUGAUUUGAAGGCUCCUCUUUCCCAGUUCCCACGGUGGUGCAGUGAGUUAUCUAAUGUCCUCCAGGUCAGGGCCAUCCAUGUGAGAAAAGAAUCUUAGAAGAGAAAAAGCAGACACUUUGAGUGAAGAGAGAGAAGAGUUUUCCACAGGGCUAUGGCCUCGGCCAAAGAGGACGAUGAAGUGAAUGAAAGACCGGCGCAUGUUAAAGAAGAGGACUGCAAGUGGGGGGCACCGGAGGGUCUGAGUGUGAAGGAGGAGGACUGCGAGGAACAGAUUUCAGGUUUUAAAGAGGAAGAGUUCAAGGAGGAGUUUGGUGGUAUUAAAUUGGAGGAUUGUAAAGGGUUCUCGGCCAGUGUUGAACAACAAAAUCAUGAAACUGGGGAUUCACUCAAAGAAGAGUUUACAGAAGAAUAUUAUUCCAGUGUCCAGCCCCAGUUCACCAGUACGGGACAGCUGGGUACCCAGCAGAAUUCUGUGGAGCUGAAAUCUGAGUUGUGUGAAUUUGAAGAGAACAUCGAUGAAGGAAAAGGUCAAAAAGAGGAAGAGCAGCUGCCAUCUGGGAGUGUAGGAAUACAUUUCCAGGAAAGUGGGGGCUUCUCUUCAUCUUCUUUUACAAAGCCCUCUCCUCAGUGCAGACUGCAGCAGAAACCUGAAAAUGAGGAUAGGAAGAAAUUAGCAAGUGGGUCAGAGAAUGUGACAGCAGCCUCUGUGCAGUGCAGUCCUCUUCCCGCUAAUGAAGAAACGCCAAAAGAAGCCAUUGACAGUGAUCAAGAGCAUAAUACGUAUCAAGAGACGGUGUAUGCCUGCCAAGGAUGCAAAAGAACUUUCAAAAACAUGCUGGAUUAUAAAUACCAUAAAUGGCUUCAUACAAAACCAAAUCCGUAUGUCUGUACUGAGUGUGGCAAAUUCUUUUCUUGCAGCAGCAAUCUUCAUAAACACAAACGAAUUCACACUGGAGAAAAACCUCAUUGCUGUGCCGAAUGUGGCAAACGAUUCCUACAGUUAGGCCAUCUUCAGAGCCACAAAACUUUCCACACCGGAGAAAAACCUUACUGCUGCUCUGAGUGUGGUAAGCGAUUCUCUAAUAACAGCAGUCUUCGGACACAUGCGAAAAUUCAUACUGGAGAAAAACCUUAUCGCUGCGCUGAAUGUGGAAAACAGUUCUUACAAGUCAGCCUCCUUCGGAGGCACAUCAACCUUCACACUGGAGAGAAACCUUACUGUUGUCCUGACUGUGGGAAACAAUUUUCAAACAGCAGUUGCCUUCAUAAACACAGAAGAAUUCACACUGGAGAGAAACCUUAUUGUUGUGCUGAAUGUGGCAAACGAUUCUCCCGUAACAGCACACUUCAGCAGCACACAAGAAUUCAUACUGGAGAGAAGCCAUAUUGCUGUUCUGACUGUGGGAAACAAUUCUCUCAAAACAGCAAUCUUCAAAAACACUUAAAAAUUCACACUUGAAAGAAACCUCACUGUUGUUCAGAAUGUGGCAAACGAUUUGCACACAGCAGUAAUCUUCAGAAGCAUAAAAGAAUUCAUACUAAAGAGAAGCCUCAUUGCUGUUCUGAAAGUGGCAAACGAUUCUCACAAGUAAGCAGUCUUCACACCCAUACAAGGAUCCAUACUGGAGAAAAACCUUACUGCUGCUCUGAAUGUGAUAAGCAAUUCUCUGACAGUAGUGCUCAUCGGCAACACACACGAAUUCAUACUGGAGAGAAGCCUUAUUGCUGUUCAGAAUGUGGCAAACGGUUCUCCCGUAAGACCAGUCUUUACACACAUAUUAGACUUCACACUGGAGAGAAAACAUAUUGCUGUUCUGAAUGUGGCAAGGGAUUUCCCCUUAGUAGUAGUCUUCGUAAACAUGCCAAAAUUCACACGGGAGAAAAGCCUUAUUGCUGUUCUGAAUGUGGUAAAGGAUUCUCAUUUCUAAAUAGGCUUCAAAGGCACUUGAGAAUUCACACUGGAGAAAAGCCUUAUAGUUGUAAUGAAUGUGGGAAACAGUUCCUAGAAAUUGGUCAUCGUCAGAGCCACAUCAGAGUUCACACUGGAGAGAAACCUCACUGUUGUUUGGAAUGUGGCAAACAAUUUGCGCACAGCAGUAAUCUACAGAAGCAUAAAAAAAUUCAUACUAAAGAGAAGCCUCAUUGCUGUUCUGAAUGUGGCAAACGAUUCUCACAAGUAAGCGGUCUUCAAACCCACACAAGGAUCCAUACUGGAGAAAAACCUUACUGCUGUUCUGAAUGUGAUAAGCAAUUCUCUGACAGUAGUGCUCAUCGGCAACGCACACGAAUUCAUACUGGAGAAAAGCUUUAUUGCUGUUCAGAAUGUGGCAAACAGUUCUCCCGUAAGACCAGUCUUCAGACACAUAUUAGACUUCACACUGGAGAGAAACCAUACUGCUGUUCUGAAUGUGGCAAGGGAUUUCCCCUUAGUAGUAGUCUUCGUAAACAUGCCAAAAUUCACACGGAAGAAAAGCCAUAUUGCUGUUCUGAGUGUGGUAAAGGAUUCUCAUUUCUAAAUAGGCUUCAAAGGCACUUGAGAAUUCACACUGGAGAAAAGCCUUAUAGUUGUAAUGAGUGUGGCAAACAGUUCCUAGAAAUUAGUCAACUUCAGAGCCACAUCAGAAUCCACUCUGGAGAGAAACCUCACUGUUGUUUGGAAUGUGGCAAACUGUUCUCACACAGAAGUACUCUUUAUAAACACACAAGAAUUCAUACGGGAGAGAAACCUUAUUGCUGCUCAGAAAAGAUAUCAGAAAUAGGCCAUCUUCAGUGCCACAUACGGAUUCACACUGGAGAAAAACCCUAUUGUUGCCCCGACUGUGGUAAACAAUUCUCAAACUGUAGUGGCCUUCAUAAACAUAAAAGAAUCCAUGCUGGUGAGAAACCUCACCCCUGUUCUGAAUGCAGCAAGUGUUUUUCAAACAACAACAGUCUUAUUAUCCACCUGAGAAUUCACACUGGAGAGAAGCCCUAUCACUGUGCAGAAUGUGGUAAACAGUUCUCACAAAGACGUAGUCUUCAGAUCCACACAAGGAACCAUACGGGAGAAAAACCUUAUUGCUGUUCAGAAUGUGGCAAACGAUUUUCAGACAGUUGCAGUCUCCAAAGACAUGCAAAAAUUCACACUGGUGAAAAGUCAUAUAGCUGUACUGAAUGUGGCAAACACUUCUCUGGGAGUAGUGCGCUUCAGCAGCACAUAAGAAUUCAUACGGGAGAGAAGCCAUUUAGCUGUUCUGAAUGUGGCAAACGAUUUUCCCAAAGAAACAGCCUUCAGAUCCACUCAAAAAUUCACAGUGGAGAGAAACUUUAUUAUUGUUCUGAAUGUGACAAAAAAUUCUCCUGUAAUAGCUAUCUUCAGAAACAUAAGAGAGUUCACACAGGAGAAAAGCCACACUGCUGUCCUGAAUGUGGCAAGAGAUUCUCACAAAUAAGCCAUCUGAACAACCACACAAGAACUCACAAAAUUAUGCAGCAUGAAGGACCGACUCAGCGGACGGCUCGGGCUGCCAUACGAGGCUCGUGUCUGCACUUUCAGAGACAAAAGGGAGCAGAAGAAGAAACAGGAAUAGCAAAAGAAAAUGAGAGAAAAAGGAGGAGUGUCGAAUGGCCUCCAGGACAGGACUGUCCAUGUGAGAAAGGAAUCCAGGAAGAGAAGCGUCUCACACAGAACAUGGCCCUAACCACAGAUGGUGUCGUAGAUCAAAGACUAGCCCGCAUUAAACAAGAGGACUGUGAGUGGGGAGCCCCUCUAGAUUUGUGUGUGAAGCUGGAGGACCGUGCGGGAAGAGUUUCUGCUUUUAAAGAGGAGGAGGAUGAGGAGGAAGAGUCAUCUGAGGGGGAGAUUGUCGACAUUAAAGUUGAAGAUUUCUCAACCAGUCUUCAAUGGCAAAACCACGAAAAUGGGAGUGAGAUCAGUGAAGAAUCUCACUGUGGAUUACAGCCUUGGGUCACUAAUGCUGGUCAACUGGCUACCCAGCAGAAUUCUGUGGAAGUGAAUACUAACAUAUCUGUAUUUGAAGAGAAAAUUACUGAAGGAGAUGAGAGAGAUGCAGAAGAGCAGCAGCCAUCUCGGAACGUCAAAAUAAAUUUUGGGGAGGAUGACAGCCUCUCAACAUCUUCGUUUGCUCAGUCAUCUCUUCAGGGCAGACUGCAACAGAAACAUGACAAGGAGAAGACGGACAAAUCAACAAAAGGACCAGAGAAUUUGACAGCAGUCUCUUUGCAGUGUAGUUCUCUCACGGCUGUUGAACUCAUACACCCAGAAGCCAUCAGCACCGAUCAACAAGAAGUGCAUAAUACAGAUCAAGAGACUCUGUAUGCCUGCCGAGAGUGUGGAAAAACUUUCAAGAACAAAUCUGACUGCAAAAUUCAUAAGUGGAUUCACACAAGGCAGAAACCAUAUUCCUGUUCUGAAUGUGGUAAACUCUUUUCCCGCAGCGACAGUCUUCACAAACACAAAAGAAUUCACACUGGUGAGAAACCCCAUUCCUGUCCAGAAUGUGGCAAACGAUUCUCGCAGAUAAGUAGCCUUCAGAGCCACACAAGAAUCCACACUGGAGAAAAACCUUAUUGCUGCUCUGAAUGUGGUAAGCGAUUUUCUGACAGUAGCAGUCUCCAAAGACAUAUACGAAUUCACACUGGAGAAAAGCCUUAUGGCUGUUCCGAAUGUGGCAAGCGCUUCUCCGACAGUAGCACUCUUCAGCAGCACACACGGAUCCAUACUGGAGAGAAGCCAUAUUGCUGCUCUGAAUGUGGCAAGCGAUUUUCACAAAUAAGCAGUCUUCAGAGCCACUCAAAAAUUCACACUGGGGAAAAACCUCAUUGUUGCUCUGAAUGUGGCAAACGAUUCUCCCAUAACAGCAGUCUUCAGAAACACCUAAGAAUUCACACUGGAGAGAAGCCAUAUUGUUGUUCUGAAUGUGACAAGCGAUUUUCACAUAAUAGCAGUCUUCAAAAACAUUCAAAAAUUCACACGGGAGAAAAGCCUUUUUGCUGUUCUGAAUGUGGGAAAGGUUUCUCACUUUUAAGUAGGCUUCAUAACCAUUUAAGAAUUCACAGUGGAGAGAAACCUUUUUGUUGUACUGAAUGUGGAAAACGGUUCUUACAAGUUAGCCAUCUUCAGAGUCACAUCAGAAUUCAUACUGGAGAGAAACCUCACUGUUGUUCAGAAUGUGGCAAACGAUUUUCACACAGCAGUAGUCUUCAUAAUCAUACAAGAAUUCAUACUGGAGAAAAGCCUCAUUGCUGUUCUGAAUGCGGCAAAAGAUUCCUACAAAUAUGUCAUCUUCAAAGCCACAUUAGAAUUCAUACUGGGGAGAAACCAUACUGUUGUCCUGAAUGUGGUAAACGAUUCUCACACAGCAGUGGCCUUCAUAGCCACAAAAGAAUUCACACUGGCGAGAAACCACACAGCUGUUCUGAAUGUGGAAAACGGUUCUCAGACAGCAGCAGUCUUAACAGCCACAUGAGAAUUCACACUGGAGAGAAGCCGUAUUGCUGUUCUGAAUGUGGCAAACGAUUCUCUCACAGUAACAGCCUUCAUAGCCAUAUACGAAUUCACACAGGAGAGAAACCGUACUGCUGUUUUGAAUGCGGCAAGCAAUUUUCACAAAUAAGUGGUCUUCAGAGUCACACAAGGAUUCAUACUGGAGAGAAGCUGUACUGUUGUUCGGAAUGUGGAAAGCGAUUCUUCCAUAAUAGUAGUCUUCAGAAACACACACGACUUCAUACUGGAGAGAACAGCAUACAGUAUGAAGGAGCAGCUGCUAUUGAAUAAAGAUAAUCUUAACAUGG